UUGACAACUAGUUCAAUGGUUAACCAUAUGGAUUGGAUUUUUUUAAAUUUUAAAUCAAGUUAAUAUAGUCCAACAAUUAUUAUAAGUAUUACCCCUAAAGUCUUCUAUUUAGGUGUAUUUAAUUUACAAUGGCUGACUGGGAAGAAGUAAAGCGUUUGGCAGCAGAUUUCCAAAAAGUGCAACUCAGUUCCACAACACAAAAAUUGUCAGAACGUAAUUGUAUUGAGAUUGUAUCAUGGCUUCUAGAAAAGAAAAUGAUAGACUUGAUUUUUACAAGUGAUGGAAAGGAAUAUCUUACACCUUCACAGCUUGUGCAAGACAUUAAGUCAGAAUUGUAUGUAAAUGGGGGCAGAAUAAAUCUCGUGGAUUUAGCCAAACUCAUAGGCGUUGACUUGGCACACAUUAAUGCCCACAUAAAUGAUGUUUUAAAAGGCCAAAAAGACAUCCACUCUGUUCUUGGUCAAUUAAUAGAUUCUUCCUACAUCACAAAAAUAGCAGGUGAAAUAAAUGAAAAGUUAAUACAACAAGGACAAAUCAAUGUUAGCAAAUUAACCAUACAGUAUGACUUGCCAGCAGAGUUUCUGCAGCAAACAAUUGAAAAAAAUCUGGACAAAUUAAUUUUUGGAAAACAAGACAAAAAUGAUCCUAGGAUAUUUUUUACUGAGUCGUUUAUUGCAAGGUGUAAAGCUAGGAUAAGAGGUGCUCUUGGUGGCUUAACCAGGCCAACACCAGUGGCAGCUAUAUUGGCACAAAUUGAUAUAACAGAAAAGUUAUUUUUUAGUCUCUUUGAUCAAACUUCCAUGUAUGGUAAUUUGACGAGUAGGCUUGCUGGUGCUCAGUAUAUUCCAAAUGUUUAUGCAAGAUCACAGAACGAAUGGGUUCAAAACUUCUACAAACAAAAUGGCUACGUUGAGUUCGACGCCUUAAUCCGUAUCGGAAUCUCCGACUACAAAAACUACAUCAAAAAACAAUUCGCCAACGAGAAAAUUCUACAAUUAAACUCAUGCGUUGUAAAUCAGUCGAUACUCGACAGGAUCGAGGCAGACAUCGACGAAUGCAUAUCGAGCAAAUCGUACGUGGAUUUGCAAACAAACUUACCGUCUGUUUUUAAUGAGAACGACAUCAAGUUGGUUUUGGAUAAAGUUUUGACCAAUCAGAAGCUUCAACAAACGCUUGUGCUUAAUUGUUUUGUAAUAAGUAAAGCUUUUAUCGAAAAGAUUUCAAAGGAUUGCGAUGAAUUGGUGAAAGAGAAGGCGAAAAAGUCCGUCGAAUCGGGGAAGUACCAACAAUAUCAAACUAGUUUGCAGGUGUCUCAUAAGUCGUUGAAAUUUGACGAUGUUGAGGAGAAAGUCGACAAAAGGGAAGAGCGCAGGAAAAAGGCCGCAGGCGGUAAAACUGGCGGUGGUACCCAGGGUAGAGAAACCAAAACAAAAUCGACCAAAAAACCUGGCAGAACUACGACCAAACAAGUUGAUGAUUUUGAAGAGAAAAAAGUCGUUCUUAACAUUCUAACAGAGGAGGAUUUGACCAGCGCCAUACAAAUGCCCUUGGAAGAGGAAGGAUUAGAUGAGCUCAUGCAACCCAUAAUCGAUUAUUUGUUACCGAAACUAAAUGAGCAAGGUAUCGAAAUUGCUGGUAAUAUUUACGCCACCACGAUAGCAGACAGAACUGCCAACAGAAGGCAAACUCACAACGAAAUACAAAACAAAUUGAACGUAAUGGUCGGUGAUAUAAGACUGUACGAGAAGGGCUUAAAACUAUUACCCGCCGAUUGCCAAGCGCAACUGUACAAAUAUCUUUUGAAAACGCACUGUACCGAUGUGGUGACGGAGAUUCUAAACUACGUAGCUGCCGAACAAAAUUUAAAUCCAGUCAAUGAAAAUUUCAAUAACGAUCAAAGACUGAAGUUCAUCAACGAUUUACCUCAGGAGUACAAAACGCCGCUAGCAAAUCUAACGAAAACUUUGUCGGGUCAAAGCGUCGAUGAUUUUAUGGCGGCUGUUGAGGAAGGUUUGGCCGCUUGUAGCAUGAUAAUAAAGAAGAUCGACAAGAAAAAGGACCGUACCACAAUUUUGGCGCACAAGCACGAAUUGUUGGAGAAAUUGAAUUCAUGUACUGAUGUAGCUCUUAUACUGCAUCUUGCCAUACUGGUUAUAUUCACCACGGCCACGCAAAAUAUGUUGCACGCUAGUGGUAGACACUUGUCUUCCCUCUUGACUUUCCUAAAGCAAUAUUUGUCUGAAGAAGAAUAUUCCGAAUUUAUGUUAUAUUAUGAUUUUGUGACCCUAAUGUUGGCAGCUGGCAGCGAAUCUGAGAAUGCAAAAGAAAAGUUGAAAGAAAAAUAUCCCAACAUAGUAAAAAUUGCUAAUGAAUAUAAACGUCCAGGCGCUGAAAAGUAAUAUUUAAUUUGCUAGUUUUAUUUAAAUAAAUAAACAUGGUGUAAGUAGUGUAUAUUUACUUUAUAUUGUGAUCAUGACCAUGCAUGUGAAUUUAAAUUCCAAUAAUAAUUAUUGUUAUAGUUGUAUGAAGAUCGAUGUUCUUACUCAAUUAUAAGUAAAUGAAAAAUUUGUUCUCGUGGAUAAAUUGUUUUAUAUUAUUAAAUAUAUAAUAUCAUU